AGGAGAACAACGACGAAUCAAUUUGGAAGUCGUGGGCGUUAAGAUAAAAGUCAUCAUCAACCCUCCAAAUUCCCCCAUCCGGCUUCUCCUCCAUCAUCAUCACCACCACCACCGCCACCACCACCACCACCACCACGCCCGCUUCCACCCACAUCACCAUUCUAAUUUCUUCCCAACCCCAUCCACCGUCCCUUCCUAUACACUAAUGCCACCAGUCCUUGGUUGACCCGCCUCUACUAAAUCCUCCAUCCCCUUUCAUCCGCCGCCAUGGCCCGCUUACAGCUCCACCUCGGCUCCUCGUCCCCCUCGCAGCAGCACAUCCCUGAAGAAGACGAGGCUGUGGGGGACGAAGAGGACGAGGAGGAAGAGGAGUGCCCGAUCUCUCCGCCGUUAAUGGUGCCGGGAUCGGAGGGGGAAGAGGGGGAGGAGAGGGAGGACCACGGCCAGCAUCAACCCUUCUCGAUAAUGGCGGUUGUGGUGGCGGCGCUGAGGAAGUCGCUGGUGAUGUGCAACGUGGGCGCCGCCGGGGAGGGCGGGGUGUGCCGACCAGCCUCCCCGGCGUCCAUGGAGAUCGGGUGGCCCACCGACGUGCGGCACGUCGCUCACGUCACCUUCGACCGGUUCGACGGCUUCCUCGGACUGCCCGUCGAGCUGGAGCCCGAGGUUCCCCUCAGGGUUCCCAGUGCCAGUGCAAGUGUAUUUGGAGUUUCUGCUGAAUCUAUGCAAUGCUCCUAUGACAAAAGAGGAAACAGUGUGCCAACAAUUCUGCUCUCAAUGCAAAGGCACUUGUAUUUACAAGGAGGUUUACAGGUGGAAGGAAUUUUUAGAAUUAAUGCUGAGAAUAGCCAAGAAGUGUUUGUUAGAGACCAGCUGAACAGAGGAAUUGUACCACUUGGAAUUGAUUUGCAUUGUCUAGCGGGACUGAUAAAGGCCUGGUUCAGGGAAUUACCCAGAGGAGUACUUGACUUGCUGACACCAGAUCAGGUGAUGCACUGUAAUACUGAAGAAGAGUGCUCUGAACUAGUACGGAUGCUACCACCAACCGAAGCAGCAUUACUUGAUUGGGCCAUCAAUUUGAUGGCAGAUGUUGUGGAACAUGAGCAUUGCAAUAAGAUGAAUGCUCGAAACAUCGCAAUGGUUUUUGCACCUAACAUGACUCAGAUGGCUGAUCCCCUAACUGCAUUGAUUCAUGCUGUCCAAGUCAUGAAUUUCCUCAAGACAUUGAUCUUAAAGAAGCGGCGAGAAAGAGAGGAGGCAAUCUUUGCAGUCAGGGCACUCGAUUCCUGUUCAGAAUCUUCAAGUGACAAGGAUGAAGCAAAAUCAUCUAAACAUCCGGAAAGAGAUACUCUGGGCACAAAUGAAACAACUACAGACAUCUAUGCUCUUGACAAAGUUACUAUAAGCAAAUUCUUGCCUGACACCGAACAAUCUCUUGGUAGAGAUGAAGAGAAGAAAAGUGAAAUUGGUGAGGAAAAUGACUUUGUUUCUAAGAAAAUUUCACCUGUUUGUUGUGGUUUAGAUGCUACAGAAGAUGAGUGUAGCAGUGGAUAUGUAGGUGAAAAUGUGGAAAGUGAAAUGUAUAGAUUGAAUUUUAGAAAAGGAGUGAGGAAGUUGUGCAGGCACCCUGUGUUGCAGUUGAGUAGAUCCACCAACAAGGCAGCAGAGCUUGACGCUGUAAACUCCGACGGAAGAGAAGCCUGGGCAUGAUAUGCGUCCUCUGUCAUGGACAAAUGUAUCAUUGUAUCAUUUGGCUCAUUUAUGUUCGUUAGUGUUUUUAAUAGCAUUCAGGAUUUUAUGUGAUGAUAGGUUAUUGUUCAUAGUGGGCAAGAUACUAGUUCUUUAUGUGGUAGGAAAUGUAUGCAUCACCAUGGUUGCACAAGUAUGGUUGCUAUUGAUUGAAACUGUUUCGCUUUGUAAUGCUGCUCUUCCAAGCGUUUGAGGCUA